ACAAAACGACUUUAUCCGUGCGUAUUUCAUAGAUUUACGUCAGAAAAUAUCUCAGCACUUCUGAAACUACUAUUAUUGCACAGGAACUUAUAAAGGUGACAACCACGUGACACCCAUAACAGACGACAAAUCCCGCGCUGUUUUGAUUUUGGACCUAUUUGGACCGAGCAUCAUGUCUUCUAGCGUGUACGUCAAAUUUGUUUCGAAGAAAAUCAACAAAGUUCGUCUGAGACCUCAAACCCAAAGUAUAUUAAACGACAGAUCAGUUUUUCUAGUGUCUGGAAGCUGGAACGAUCGACCAAAUGAGCUGCACCUGUGGCGCUGUCAGAAUUACGAAGAGUCUGUCGAUGCAGCUGAGCUGAAGAGCUUGCACAGCGUCAACAUUGACGCAGAUGUCACUGAUUUGUGCUUUGCAGGAGAGGAUCUUCUGGCUGCCUCAUUAUCAUCGGGAGCAGCGCGCCUUUAUCGAUGCGGCUCGCAGCGUAUAACAGAAGCCCAGGAAUGGAAACCUCUGCACGAAAAUCCAAAGUCUGGACAUUCCAUGCCCUGCACUGGGGUAGCGUCGUACAGGACGGACUGUCUGGCCACCAUAGGAGAAGAUGGCAAACUGUUUCAGCUGUCUCCGGGCGCAAUAAAACCAGUAACUGUCGUCGGCAAUGCAGCCAGCAGCUGCAUGACGUGCGUCACUUUUAUGCGCCAGAACGUCGUUGCCGUAGGCACUCUUGGAGGUUGGUUGCGCGUCUGGGACUUCACGGCUCCGCAGAAACCUGUACAAGACUUGGGAAUACGCGGGGAGAAGUUGACCUGUCUGAGCAGACAUCCGAGCCAGCCGCACGUACUGGCCACAGGAUGCUACAGUGGUCGUCUGUGCGUGUGGGACAUGCGUAAGGCCGACCAGCCCACUGCCAACCUGGUGGGCCCACGUUCGCCCAUGUCCGAACUAGCUUUCCACCCAUCCCGCCCGGGGGCGCCACUGCUUUCGUGCUUCCAUGACGGUUCCUUAAUAUACUGGACCAGUAGCCAGGGCUCGUCGCAAGUCUGGAGCCAGUCGGACGGCGUAGAAGCGACGGAGCUGGUACCGGCGUGUGGCCGACCGUUAAACAGCGUCGACGUGCAGGGGUCCCUGGUGGCUUGUGGGUCAGACACGGAAGCGAUUUACCUGCUGUCGGAUGGAUUUUCCUUACAACGCUCUCUCAUGAGUCAUUAACAAACUAGUGUAUUUUUGUAAUGUUGCGUGUGACAGAUGGCAAAAAAAAAAAGCAAGGAAAAAGCCUU